AACAGCCUGAGCGAGAUUUUCAUAAAGCUACAAAAAUAGCAAAAGAAAAUUUGUAUAAAAUUAGAAAAAAAAAGUUGCGGCAAUGGAGAGCUUUGGUAACAAUAAUCCCUAUCAGCUGUUGUUCAUAGACGAUGACGAGCUAAAACAGCUGCGAGCUACGCAGAAAAAGUUGCGCAAUAAGUUGGCGGUGGAUAAGCCAAAGGCGCCGCCGCUGAUUAAGAAAUUGCCAAUGCCAGCUAAGCUGGCAAAACGCAAUGAGCUGGUGGACGCAGAGCUGGAGCAGCAGCUGGAGCUGAUGCCGCCGCCAUAUUUAGAGCUGAGGGCUGAACGCAAUUUUCGCAAGCGCAAUGUGAACAAAGGCGAACGUGAGCUGCGUGGCAAGCUGGAUCGUCGCUCUGGGUCGGAUAAGACUGGAAUCAAGGCCAUAGAUAAGCGCAAUGGUGGCGGCGCACACAAUUGGGGCUCAGCGUUGAAGGAUAUUGAGGCUACUGCAGCAUUGAGUGAUGCAGAUGCUUCGAUUUGUGAGCAGCAGCAGCAGCAGCAGCAGCAGGUGACACAAUUGCAGGCGGAGCAGCAGCUGUGGGACAACUCUGAUGAGGAGCAGGCGGAGCUGGAAGCCAAGUAUAUAACAGUUGAGGAAUGGCGCGCCAAGAGCGUAGCGCGUGCCAAGCCAAUUUUUAAUAUACGCAAGCCUGGCGAGGGUGAAGCUGUCAAGCCCGAUUGGCAGCAGAUGACUGUGCUGCAGCAGAAGAAGAAGAAGCAGCAGCAGCAGCAGCAGCAGCAGCAGGAAUCUCAAAGCAACUACAAUUUGUUGACUGAGCCGCAGCUGGAGUACGAUGCAGCUUUGCUGUAUCCACAGCGUGUUGGACGCUUGCAGCGCAUUGUGGACAUUGAGUUCAAGUUUAAGGACGAUCAUCGUCGUCGCGGCUGGCAGAGCGGCUGGCAGCGCCGUCAGCGUAAUCAGACGGGCAAUGAAGCAGCAGCCGAUGGCAUUAAUAUGAACGAUGAGCUUGAGUUUCCCAAUUUGCAUUAGCGCCAUGCGCAUACAUACAGCACAUACUGUUUAUAACCAACACACACUACAUUUGCUUUGUGUGUUUGCCUUAAAUAUU